AUGUCAGAACAACAAAAACAAACAGAAGGUUCAACAAAAACAACAAAAAACACAAAUAAUUCUCGUUAUAUGCACAGUAUUUUCCAAGAGUGUGAUCAAUUAAAGAAAGAAUACGACAAUUGUUUUAACGCUUUCUUCCAGAAAUUUAUAAGUCCUGAAUAUCGACAUUCUAGUGGGUUGAAUAAUCCUUGUGAACAAGUACAUUUUGUUUAUAGAGAGUGUGUUGAAAAGGUUUGUCUUUAUUUGGGGGGGGGGGGGGGAGGUUUUGAGGGAUUUUUAAGAGAACUGAGUAUACGGGAACGUUGGAGAUGA